AGCCGCUUCGGCUCAGAGGGCGAGCGGAUCAUCCCCCCGCUCGGCCGUUCGCGCGCGCGAUGGCGGCGCGGGCGCGGCCGCCAGACGGCGCCGCAUGCCAGGGCGCCGCGCUCCCAAGCGACGUCGACACCGUCAUCUGGAGGGCCACAGGGCGGCACGAGCCCAGAAGCCAGAGGAUGUUCUUUCGUUGUGUCAGUCGCAGCGUCGUGCCCUGGCUUUUACGCCUCCGGGGGGCCGCUUUCGGAGCCAAUAGAGCCAUCAAACAUGUUUCGCUAUCGAGGUCCCAUUGCCGCGAUGUCGUCGCCGAUUUCAAGUGAAUGCUUUCCACUGCCAGCCGGUCCCCCCUGUCGCUCAUCCUCAGGGGAAGGGAGUGGAGGGGGCAGGGGGUCCAGCGCCGCGGACCUCCAACAGUCUGGUAUGCUUGUACUGCUCUGUUGGUCCUCUGCCGUCUUCGUCGACAUCGACGGCGUGCUGAACGUCGGCGCGGCUGAGAAAGGCAAGUCGCCCACCCUGCUCAACGACUCGAACCUCAGGCUGGCGCAGAGCCUGUGGACGAAGCGCGAGGGCCACCCAGAGCGCCACCUGGUGGAGAGCCUGAUGGCAGUCAGUCGGAAGAGGCUCGACGGCGAGAAGGAGGCGCUCAACACGCUGGUUGCGAAGAACAGGUCCUACGUCUCGGACGUGCUCGUGGGGCGCCUCGCAGAGAUCCUCGAGGCCGCUGGCCCGCGGUGCCUCGCCGUCCUGGCGUCGACGUGGCAGGCAGCCCGCCACAAGACGCGCCUCCAGGACCUCGAGGCCCGCCUGACCAGGUGCCUGGGGCGCCCGUUCGCCUUCCAGGCUACCACUGGCUCCUCGGAGGAGCACACGCCCGACGGGCGCCUCAUCGCCAUCGGCAAUUGCAUGGCGGAGUUGACGUCGCAUGGAGGCGUGGCCGCGGCCGCGGCGGAGGCUGGGCGGCUGAGGGCACUCGUGCUGGAGGACUUCUUCAUCACGGCGCUCGCGGGCCACUGGUCGGUGGACGGGCGGGCGAUGGACUCGCCGGCCGCGGUGGAGGAGUACGUCUGCAGCCGCGUGCCAGCGCCGUGGACCGCGCAGGUCAGGCUGAUACACACCUACGCCGAGUGGAGCACCGCCGAGGGCGUUUUCGUCAAGUGCGGCGUAGGGCUCAGCCAGGCUGACGUGAGGAGGUCGAAGGAGUUCGUCGCCCCCAACGUCGCCGACGGCGUGGCCCGGGCCCCGAAACCCAGCAUGGCCUUCUUCUCGCUAGCCUCGGCCUGGUUCUGCAGCGCGCCGCCGCCGACCUCGGGCGCCUCCUCUUCGUGCCCCUCCACUUCGAGCCCUUCUUCGAGCCCCUCCUCCGAUGGGCAUGACACCCUGCACUUCGCGCCGCUGUAGGGCCCGACUGUCGGGGUGCAUGGG